GCUUCCUUGUAACAUCCAGACGAUGUCCUGUAAACUUCUCCUCAACCUGGUGGAGUGUAUCAGACAGAAGAGUGAACAGGACGGUACUAACAAAUUGUUUGUAUUGCAGGCCCGCGAGAUCCUGAUGAGGAUGCUGGAGGUCUUUGUGCUCAAGUUCCACACCAUCGCCGAUAACCAACUUCCUGCCAUCUUUGAUAAAUGCCGCCAACAACAAGAGGCAGCACAAGAGAAGAUGCUACCGCCGGUAUCACGUUCCAUCUCCACAUCCUCAACAUCAGCAUCAACCACCGCCACAACCACCACCUCGUCAUCAUCCUCAUCCCAACCACCACCACUUACGCCGACAACGCCACAAGCAAUGUCCUUCACUUCCCUCUCCACGACCUCCACCAUGGCACCGCCUACCCCGACCACUCCUGCCCCGCCCAUCACCCUCGGGGUGUCCUCCAUCACCACCGCCCCCUCUCCUCCCUCUUUCCCACCCGUGAGAAGGACGAUAGCAAACCCAAGAAGUACCUCCCUACCGGCCUGACUCAUUUCAACAAUUACUCGGUGGUAGACUGCAGGAGUUUGGUUAAGACGGUGGUGUGCGGCGUCAAGACCAUCACGUGGGGUGUUAGUGCCUGCAAAGUUUCAACAGAUCCAAACCAGAACAAACAGUUUCAUCCGAAGGAAACUGCUGUAUUUAUCAAGUUAGUCAAGCAUGCUUUGAAGGCCUUGGACAUCUACCAGAUCCAGAUCUCACCUACGGGUCAGACCACAAUCAGACCAGCGAACACCCAGAGCGUCAGACUCAAAGAGGAGAAAGAAGUCCUGGAACACUUCGCUGGAGUUUUCAACAUGAUGCACCCGCUGACGUUCCGGGAGAUCUUCCAGACGACCAUCGGGUACAUGGUGGAGAGGAUCUACAAGAACUAUGCCUUGCAGCUGAUAGCCAACUCCUUCCUUGCCAACCUGUCCACGUCGGCUACCUUUGCGACCAUCUUGGUGGAGUAUCUCCUGGAGAGGAUGGAGGAGAUGGGAACUAAUCAAGAACGCUCCAACUUGUACCUGAAACUCUUCAAGCUAGUCUUUGGUUCAGUCUCCUUGUUUGCCAAUGAAAAUGAACAAAUGCUAAAGCCUCAUCUGCAUAAGAUAGUGAACCGAUCGAUGGAGCUUGCGACCACGGCUAAGGAUCCCUAUAACUACUUCCUCCUACUGAGGGCGCUCUUCCGUUCCAUCGGUGGAGGCAGCCACGAUCUCUUGUAUCAAGAAUUCCUGCCCCUCCUUCCAAAUCUCCUACAGGGUUUGAACCAACUACAGAGUGGCCUUCACAAGCAGCACAUGAAGGAUCUAUUUGUGGAGCUUUGUCUGACCGUACCAGUGAGGCUAAGCUCAUUGCUUCCAUACUUGCCAAUGCUGAUGGAUCCAUUAGUCUCGGCUCUCAACGGAUCGCAGACCCUUGUUAGCCAGGGAUUGAGAACGCUGGAGCUGUGUGUGGACAACCUCCAGCCUGACUUUCUUUACGAACACAUUCAGCCGGUCAGAGCGGAACUGAUGCAAGCCCUGUGGAGGACCCUCCGUAACCGUAGCGACCAGAUUGCUCGCGUGGCCUUCCGUGUAUUGGGAAAGCUUGGAGGAGGCAAUCGUAAGAUGCUUCGUGAACCGCAGAGGCUGUCCUAUGAAGAUGAUGAGAAUGAUGGGCCUUGUAUCACCAUACUGUUUCCUGAUCAUAAGACUCCUGUUCAUCUACCAGUAUCUAAGGUAAUCGAGACUGCUCUAAGCAAGCUGACAUCACCAACCACUGAUGUCUUCUAUCGUCGCCAAGCGUGGGAAGUCAUCCGACAUUUCAUCGUCAGUAUGCUCAGCUUGGGUGAUGAGCAGAGAACCAUUCAACAACUGCUUUUCCACUCAAGUUUCCAUGAUGGUGAGAUUCCAAGGACCACUAGUCAUGCUUACAAGUGCCACGAUCAACUCUCUCGGGUUUGCUUCCAGAAUGCAUUGACAUCUAUGAUUGUUUCUGCAACCAUCAAAGAUCUUCGUCCCAGUUCACUUCCCUUCAUGAUGAAUGUUGUGAGGCACAUCACUCUGGUAGCAGUCGCUCAGCAAGCAGGUCCUCUUCCUACUGCUCACAGUCGUCAGAAGUCUUUGAACGACAACAUGGAUCCUCAUGUGUUGGUAGAUGCUAUAUCGGCAUGCAUGGCCCAUGAAGAGAAGGAGCUUUGUAAAACAGGACAGCUUGCUAUGACGGUCAUCGUAGAGACAGCAGCCGCUGUGAUGGGUAGUAAAGCAAGGGCCUGCCAGCUAUCUAUCUUUGAGUAUGUCGCUGAUCGCAUGUGCAACUGCUGCUACGAGCGAGCCUGGUAUGCUAAGCUGGGGGGAUGCAUCGCUAUCAAGUUCAUGAUGGAGAACAUGGAUAUGUGCUGGGUCCAAAGCCAUCUCUAUCUGUUCCUCAAGGCACUUCUCUUUGUCAUGAUGGACCUUACUAAAGAGGUAUCAAGUGGAGCCUUGAACAUGGCCAAGAGCAACGUCGACCUUGUGUUGAAGCUGUGUGCCACCCCACCCUCGGGAGCCGACGCUGAGAAUCCCAAGCUCGCAGUAGCCCAGCAGAAAGCCUUCCAUGAUGUGACCAGAGAGUUAGUCAGGGAAGUCACUUCGCCCAAUCAGACUGUCAGAGAACAGGCAAUGGAUUCCUUGCGAUGGCUCGCAGACUUCACCAACAAGAAAGUGAUGGAAAUCAUGUCUCCCCAUAAGGAGGUGCUGGCAGACAUGAUCCCUCCCAAGAAGCACCUGUUGCGUCAUCAGCCUGCUAACGCACAGAGAGGAUUGAUGGACAGCAAUACAUUCUGUACUACGUUAGAGCCCAGACUCUUCACGAUGGAUCCAACCAUCCCGGAACACAAAGUAUUCUUCACUGAGUUGAUGAAUCUAUGUGAGACAGAGGAUUCUGGUCUUGUCAAGCUACCCUGCUACAAGGCCGUUCCAUCUCUUGUUCCUCUACGCAUCAGUGCACUGAAUGCCCUUGCUGCAUGUCGGUACAUCCCUCAAGCUAGGGAGAGGAUCUUCAAGAUCCUAUUCAAUGCUCUUAAUUCCAAUGUCAGUGAGCUGCAAGAAGCUGGAGCAAAGUGCAUGGAGAAGUUCAUCUCUGGUCAACCUGUCGAGAUGGAGUUGGUUCACACCAGCGUACGUCCGUUGCUUCUAAUGCUGGGUGAUCACCGUACGUUGAACCUCAACGUUAUCCAGAGACUGCACAGCCUGACACAACUCUUCCCUAACGCAUUCAAUGAGAAACUCUGUGAACAAAUGCUGGGUCACCUGAAGAAGUGGCUGGAGACGACGGUCAUCAGUCAGAAGAACGGUCAGAAGUCAACGGACAGUCUCAAGAUCUGUACGGCCAUCCUCAACAUCUUCCAUGCCAUCCCUGCAGCAUCGGCCAAGAUCCUUGAACAUCUCCUGACGCUGGUCAUCAAAGCCGAGGGCGCUCUUAAUAUGGAGGUUGGAAGUCCAUUCCGUGAGCCCCUGUUGAAGUACCUGCUACGCUACGCUCAACCGACAGUGGAUCUGUUCUUACAGGAGGCUAACCUCAAGAAUCAUCAACUCAGUCGCAUGUUCAAUUAUUUGUUGAAGCAUGAGUUAGCGGAGCCUCUGAGAGCGGCCAUUCAGAAGAACCCUAGCAAGCUGAUCAACCUAGCAUUCAGUAAGACACAGCCCCCAGCUCGCCCUACAAACUCCGCAGAGAAGUUCCUGCAAGAGCUGCAGUACCAGUCCAUUCGGAUCUGUGCUACCCUGGUGAAACACGACAAAGCAUGGCUUCCACAAACACCUACAGUGUUUGUUCAUCUUCGGCGGAUCUGGGUAUCGGAUGCUUUCCAGGAACGUCAUCGCCAUGACAACGUAGGCGUUCAUCACUGGGAGGAGCCUAAACUCCUCGUCAAGUGUCUGCUCAACUAUGCACAGCAACAUACCUCCAAUGUUGAGCUUCUCUUUCAGCUGCUACGAGUCUUCAGCAAUCGAUACCUGCCAAAUUUCCAGUUCCUUAGGACAUUCCUGGAAGAGACUGUCGCACAGGGCUACAGCGUUGAGCAGAAGAGACACAUCUUCUUCAAGUUUGUAGAGCUGUUCCAUGAUAAGGGCUUCCCCCAGGAGUUGAAGGCCAAGGCUCUUCAGUACGUCAUCAUCCCCAUGUUUGCUGCUUCCUUUGAUAAAGGAGAAGGAGAUAGUUUGAUAGGCGGACCACCUAACCCUGGUCAGGAUAGCCCUGAUAACCUUGUGAGUGUCUUCAUCAGUAAGGUCAUUGACCCCGAGAACCCGUACGGAACGUCGGACUCCGUGAGGAUCCUCCUGCUUCAGUUUGCUGCGCUCCUGGUCGAGAGAGCCGCUCCCCACAUCCAUGAUGCUGCUGACAAGAAACAGGGUACCAAGCUUCGUCGUCUUAUGACGUUUGCCUGGCCAUGCCUCAUUCAGAAGAACUGUGUGGAUCCCACCACCAAGUAUCACGGUCAUCUUCUCCUUGCUCACAACAUUGCCAAGUUUGCCAUCCAUAAACGUAUCGUCCUGCAGGUGUUUCACAGUCUUCUCAAGGCCCACGCUGCCGAAGCGAGAUCCGUCGUCAGACAAGCCUUGGACAUCCUGACCCCUGUACUCCCCCAACGGAUGGAGGAUGGGAAUGCCAUGCUCACACACUGGACCAAGAAGAUCAUUGUUGAAGAGGGUUACACGAUUGCCCAGCUCGUUCAUAUGCUGCAACUUCUUGUGAGGCACUACAAGGUGUACUAUCCCGUGCGACACCAUCUGAUCCAGACCAUGGUCUACUCCAUCCAGCGGCUUGGUAACACUCCCAACGCUACUCUAGAACACAGGAAGCUGGUGGUGGAGCUGGUCGAGGUUAUCAUCAAAUGGGAGGUACAAAGGAUCAGAGAAGAUGAAGGGACCGCUGAGCCCACACCAGUUGAGGAGCCUGCUGUUCCCGCAGGUGUGAAAAGGACAGCUUCAUCGGAUCUCCCUGACCCUAAAAGAGUGAGACACACGUCUUCAGGAUCGACUGUGAGGAGCAUCACUUCGGAAUCAAGCAAACCUAUCGAGAAAGUCUACUCCGAUGCCGUGGUGAACUUCUUGAUCCGGCUGGCCUGUCAGGUAAAUGACAGCAGCAGUACAUCCACGGUUGGGUCACCCGGGGAACAGCUGUCAAGGAGAUGCAUGGCCCUGCUCAAGACGGCUCUUAGACCGGACGUAUGGCCCAACAGUGAACUCAGACUGAACUUCCUGGAUAAGCUCUUCUUGUCAGUGGCAAAGGAUACCCAAGCUGUUGCAAACUACGGAAAUAUUUGUGCUGGUCUUGACGUCCUGAAUUUCCUUCUUGGUGUUAUGGACAAGCCGACAAUCCUGUCGAGUUUCAAGCCUCUCCAGCGAGGGAUCGCGGCCUGCAUGACCUGCCCGAGCACCAAGGUCAUACGAUCGGUCCAUGCCUUGCUUGUCAAACUCAUGAGUACUUUCCCAACAGAGUCAAGUACAUCCAAUGUGGCUUCUAAGUAUGAAGAACUUGACAGUCUGUAUGCAAGCGUUGGCAAGGUCAUCUACGAAGGUCUUACUGCCUAUGAAAAGGCUACCAACGGAUCACCGACAUCCAGUCUCUUUGGAACCUUGAUGAUCUUGAAGGCUGCUUGUACCAAUAACAUCAGCUACAUCGAUCGCUUGAUCACCGUCUUCAUGAGAGCACUGCAGAAGAUGGCCAAGGAGCAUCUCAGUCCAAGCAGCAAUGAUGCUACUUCAUUGGCAUCUGAGCUUCUGAUCAUCAGCUUGGAUCUGGUGAAGAAUCGGGUUGGCGUGAUGAGCACCGAUAUGAGACGUAACUUUGUUCAGGUCCUGACGUCUGUGAUUGAGAAGUCCCCAGAUGCCAAGGUUCUGAAGACGAUAGUCAAGAUGGUGGAGGAAUGGGUCAAGGCAAAGACCCCUCUGAUGUUGAACCAGUCCCCGUCACCUAGAGAGAAGACCAUACUUCUCGUGAAGCUCAUGCAGUAUGUAGAGAAGCGCUUCCCAGAUGAAUCGGAACUCAAUGCACAGUUCCUGGAAUUGGUCAAUUGGGUCUAUAGGGAUGAUUCACUAGCCGGCAGUGAACUGACCUCAAAGCUGGAACCAGCCUUCCUGUCUGGUCUCAGGUGUAGUCAGCCUCAUAUCAGAACAAAGUUCUUUGAGGUGUUUAAUUCUAGCAUCAGACGUCGUUUGUUUGAUCGUCUUCUAUACCUGAUUGAUUCUCAGAACUGGGAAGCUAUGGGGUCACACUAUUGGCUGAAACAAUGCGUAGAGCUGUUGAUGGCCUCCAGUGCUACCAGUACUCUCAUCUCUAACAUCAAUACCUCGCCCCUUCCCUGUAUAACUUCAGUCAUCAAUCUAGCCGAUAGUCAGGAGAAAGCGGCCUUCAUGCUCGCUGCUCACGUCAAAGAAGAACCUAUGGAUGUAGAGUCCGACUUUCACAAAGAAGAGGAUGUUGAGAUCGACAUCGAGCUACCUCAUACUGAAGGAGGCUCAUCAUCAUCGACAUCAGCUCCAUCAUCAGAACCAAGACAACAACUACAGCAGCUUAUCAACAGGGAUAUCAAGUUCCUUGAAAGCCUUAGGAAUGUCAAAACAUUCACCUUCCUACAUGCCGUAUCUCAGCUGUGCCAUAGUGACACAGAGCUGACUCAUUCCUUCUGGGUUCAUCUCUUUCCUAAAGUAUGGAAGAUACUCAGUGAAAAGGAGCAGACGACUCUUUCUCAAGAAGUGAGUCCAUUCCUGUGUAGCGGUAGUCAUCACUAUCAGAAAGAUGCUCCGAAGAGUACUAUUCACACGUUUGUUGAAGCCGUAUCUAGAUGCAGCCCUCCUAUCGUCAUCAGACCUUGUGUCCUUAAGUACCUUGGUAAGAGUCACAAUCUUUGGCAUCGCUGUAUCCUGAUGCUUGAACAGACCGCCAUCACCAGUGGAUUCAGCAGUCACCAUAGACCUAGAACCACCAGUGUAUAUGACUUCUUUGAACCGGAUAACACUGCUGCCAUGCAACAGGAGACAUUAGAUUCGCUUUCUGAGUUAUAUGAGAGGUUGGAAGAAGAGGAUCUAUGGGCUGGCCUCUGGCAGAGGAGAUGUAAGUUCCCCGAGACCGCUACGGCUCUUUCGUACGAACAACAAGGAUUCUUCGAACAGGCACAGACUACAUAUGAACAGGCAUUAGCCAAGGCCAGGUCCGAGCACAACUCCGGUCCUGCCAGCAACAUGCUGUUCCCCGAGUACCACCUGUGGGAGAGUCACUGGGUCCGAUGCUGCAAGGAGCUGAGCCAGUGGGACAUCCUGAUGGAGUACGGGAACACCAAGGGACACACCAACCCUCAGUUGGUCCUGGAGAGCGCCUGGAGGGUGCCCAACUGGGGUGCGAUGAAAGAGGCCCUGGCACAGGUUGAGCAGAGUUGCCCUCGUGAGAUGAAUUGGAAGGUUAAUCUAUACCGAGGUUUUAUUGCUAUCUGCCAUCCUGAUGAGAAGAACCUUACAUUGAUUGAGAGACUCGUCGAGAUGUCCAGCAAGCAAGCCCUUGAAGAAUGGAGGCGUCUACCCCACUACGUCACUCAGGCCCACACCCCUCUCCUCCAGGCUUCACAGCGGAUCAUGGAACUACAAGAGGCCUCCCAGGUCCAUCAUGGCCUCCAACCUACCAACCUAGGACGCAAUCAGAGUCUGCAUGAUAUGAAGGCCAUCGUUAAAACAUGGAGGAAUCGUCUUCCAAUGGUGUCCGAUGAUCUGAGUCACUGGAGCGAUAUCUUCAUGUGGAGACAGCAUCAUUACCAAGCCAUCGUUCAAGCUUACGACAACUCUUCUAGCUCAUCACAAGAUAGUCAACAGCACAACCACACAAUGUUGGGUGUUCAUGCAUCAGCUCAGUCUAUCAUCAACUAUGGCAAGGUGGCCAGGAAACAUAGCCUAAUUGGACCCGCGCUAGACUCACUCAGCAGAAUCCACACCAUCCCGAGCGUCCCUGUCGUCGACUGCUUCCAGAAGAUUCGACAGCAGGUGAAGUGCUACCUCCAGAUGGCCGGCACCAUGGGAAAACAGGAACUCCAGGAAGGGUUAGAGGUCAUUGAAUCUACCAACCUCAAGUACUUCAGCCGGGAGAUGACGGCCGAGUUCUAUGCUCUCAAGGGGAUGUUCCUUGCUCAGGUCGGCAGGUCUGAUGAAGCAAACAAGACCUUCUCAUCAGCUGUUCAGAUGCAUGAUACACUUGUCAAGGCUUGGGCCUUAUGGGGUGACUACUUAGAACAGAUCUUCUGCAAAGACAAACAAAUGUCUCUAGGAGAGUCGGCUAUAACGUGCUUCCUCCACGCCUGUCGUCAUCAGAACGAGAGUAAGUCUCGUAAAUACCUCGCUAAGGUUCUCUGGUUGAUAACCUACGAUGAUGAGAAGGCUGAUCACCCAUUGGCCAAGGCUGUUGACAAGUAUUCUGUCGGUGUUCCGCCCAUUCAGUGGUUGCCAUGGAUACCACAGCUGUUGACGUGUCUGGUCGGGAAUGAAGGGGAUCUUAUCAUCAAUAUCUUAAUGCAAGUUGGGCGGGUCUAUCCACAAGCGCUAUACUUCCCUAUAAGAACACUCUAUCUCACACACAAGAUUGAACACAGGGAGAAAUUCAAGAGUGGAGAUGCUGCUGCUGGCCGCCGCCGUCUCUCUUCCAACCCGAUACCAACCAAGUCGUCUACCUCCACGGAUCCGACCACACCCAUCGAUGCCACGCCUAGCAACGCUACUGCGGUAUCCAAGGAUGACAUCAAAGAGGAAGGGGAUUCCAAGAAAGAGACGAGUUCCACCGCUACGCCUGCUUCAUCAACAGCAGGAGGAGAUGCUACUACCACCACCGCCACUCUCUCAGCAUCAUCGACCUCCGAUACCACUUCUACCACCACUACCACCACCACGCCCUCCACCAGCACCCCUGCUCCUGGCCUGGGGUCCAGUGUGGCCAACCCUGGUCCUAUCCGUGCUUCCGUUCCCAUGGUCAGGUGUUCUAAGAUCAUGGGUGUCCAGAGGGAUCUACAUCCGAUACUGCUGUCGUCACUGGAAGGCAUUGUGGAUCAGAUGGUGUGGUUCAGGGAGAACUGGUAUGAAGAGGUCCUGCGCCAUCUUCGACUGGCGUUGGCAAAGUGUCAAGCUGUGGCCUUUGAAAACAGAGGAGCAGUCGUUGAAGCAAGAGUAACCCCGCACACCCUGAGCUUUGUCAAGAAGCUGGUGAAUACAUUCGGCGGCGUCGGGAUCGAGAACGUCAGCAGCGUGACCCAGACCCUGUCCAGCGCGGCCUCCGAGCUUCUCGUCAGACGCGCUCAAGCCACGGCUCAGGAUCCCAUCUUCCAGAAGCUCAAGAACCAGUUCAAGAUUGAUUUUGAUUUCUCUCAACCCGGGGCUACCAAGCUCAGGAAUCUCAUCGCCAUGCUCAAGAAAUGGAUCAAAAUUAUCGAGACCAGGACAAAGCUUCUACCAAAGUCAUUCCUUAUCGAGGAGAGGUGUCGAUUCUUGAGCCACUUCUCCUCGGCUACCGCUGAUGUGGAGUUACCGGGAGAGUUCCUGACCCCCAAGCACAGUCACUACACCAUCCGCAUCGCCCGUUUCAUGCCUCACGUAGAGAUCACCCACAAACACAACACGGCUGCUAGGAGGCUCUACAUUAGAGGCAGCAAUGGAAAGAUCUACCCAUACCUUGUUGUAAACGAUGCAAGCAUGGCUGAAUCAAGACGAGAGGAAAGGGUUCUUCAAGUCCUAAGGAUGCUCAAUCAUUAUCUGGGCAAGAGGAAGGAAACUGCAAAGAGACAACUUCAAUUCACAGUACCUCGUGUAGUAGCAGUGUCUCCUCAGAUGAGAUUGGUAGAAGAUAGCCCCUCAUCAUUAUCUCUGCUGGAUAUAUACAAGAAGUGGUGUUCCAAGCAGCAAGUAGAAACCGACCCGCCCAUCAACCGAUACUACGAACGCCUUGCCGUGGUCCAGCUGCGAGGUUCACAAGCGAGCCAUCAGGUCCUCCGGGAUAUCCUGAAAGAGGUCCAAACCAACAUGGUGCCCAGGACACUGCUCAAGGAGUGGGCUCUGGAUACAUUCCCCACUUCCACCGACUACUUCGCCUUCAGGAAAAUGAUGUGUGGUCAGUUAGCCUUGUUAGGUCUCGCCGAAUUCGUUCUUCAUUUGACAAGACUCAAUCCAGAGAUCAUCCAAAUCGAAAGGAACUCGGGACUUCUAUCUGUGUUCUACUUCAGAUUUGACCUGGAUGAAACAAGUGGAGAGCUUGAUGCCAACCGACCCGUCCCGUUCCGCUUGACGCCAAACAUUGCCGAGUUCUUGACAACAGUCGGGGUGAACGGGAUGCUGAACGCCUGCAUGAUAUCCAUUGCUCGGUGUCUGGUCCAGCCGUCGUUCCAGUUACCGGCCAUACUCAAAGCUGUGCUGAGAGAUGAAAUGAUUGCGUGGAGUAAAAAGAAACAAGAAGACACGAGUUCAUCAAGCUCUUCUUCCUCGAGUAGUUCUACUGCUUCUUCUUCUGCUAGUUCAAGUUCCCCAACUGAGAGUGAACGUCUUAUUAGCUUGGUCACCAAAGCAAUCAAUGCUAUCAUGACAAGAUUACAAAAUCUUGCUCAGUUUGAAGGGGGUGAGAGUAAAGUGAGUACGUUGGUAGCUGCAGCUAACAGUCCUGAUAACCUGUGCCGUAUGGACCCAGCCUGGCACCCAUGGCUCUAACGGUUCCCUGGGAAGAAGCUACUGAUUUCAGUGAUUAUAUCCUGAACUUGGAUCCACUAGCGUACCUAUGGGUGGGGGGGCAGUCUGCCCCCCUGACGAGUCACAACCCAUGCAAGGGACGUAUCUC